AGUAGUAGCAGCAGCAGUAUUUUAUCACCAUCAUCAUCAUCAAACAAAAAUGUUUGCAGGGUUGGCUGGAACAACCUGGGGGAAAUUGGCCCGGGGGCUGGGGGCGUGGGGGGGUGGGGGGGCGAAAUUUUCCAUGCCGCCCUCCCCCCCUGGGCCCCCCCUUUGGGCGGGGGCCUCAGCAACAUCAACAACAACAUGGGCGGCGGCGUGGGCGCGCUCGGCGGGGGCGUGGGCGGCCUGAGCUCGUCAGGAAUGGGCGGCCUCAACUCCCUUCUGAACGGGAGCAACGGGCUGAGCUCAGGGCUGCUGAGUGGGCUGACCGGCCUCACGCCCACGGACAUCACGGCCCUGACCUCCCUCACCUCGCUCAACGGACUCACCGGAGGCUUCAGCAACGGUCUCAACGGGAUCAACAGUCCCGUUAACAGCAGCAGCUUAAACGGCAGUAUAGGUGAGUCCUUCCUUCUAAAAGAGGUGAAGAACGCCCCAAAGGGCGGGGGCCCUCAGGGCCGUACGGGGGAAAAAGGGCGAUUUUUUCGGCGAAUUCCGGCCCCCAACGAAUGCAAAGGGAAAAUGGUUAGCGGGAACUCGGGGGCCAAACUGCGGCCGGAGGCAUCAAAUCCCCGCAUAAAAGUGUAUCCAAAACAACGGCCCCUCGACAAGCCAGACGAUCGAUUUUUUGGACCAGCCCCCAAAGUCCAUCCACAACACCUCUGUGAGAAGUGCAAGUCCCUUGGCUAUUACUGCAGGAGAGUCAACUAGGAUCCUAAACUAGCGGGAGUUGCAAGGAGGCACACGCAAGGACACACACACACACACACACACACACACACACACACACACACACACACACACACACACACACACACACUCACACACUAGUGUUUUUGGCUUUUGUAUGGACAACACAAGCACACAAACAAGCACACUUAUACAUAGCCAGAAUCCUGCAAUCGAACUCCAGAAACUUCCCUUCCUAGUCUCUUCCGAAUUUUAAGAAAGCAAGCGAAGAGAGGGCGUAAACCAACGACGAAGUCUUCCCUCGACCCUGCGUGGCCUUCAAAAAAACCCAAC